AAGUGAGAGAUGAAGAUGGAGAAGAACCAAAGGAUAACAUGAUGCAAGAAAGGGUUAAGAGAGUGCUAAGUAACAAGUAAAGAUACAGAUGGAUUGGCAUUGUCAAAUGCCUUUAAAAACCAACCUUUUCUGAAACUUACGAAAGUUGAUUGCCUGUCAAUCCCUUAAUAGAUACUCCCAUUCAUUUCUUCUUCUUAUAUACUUACUUCAAUAUUCAUCUAAAGGUAAAAAAUAACACAAAGAGAAAAGAAAAUGGGGAGAGGAAAGAUAGAGAUAAAGAGAAUAGAGAACUCAAGCAAUAGGCAAGUAACUUACUCAAAGAGAAGAAAUGGGAUCUUGAAAAAAGCUAAGGAAAUUAGUGUACUUUGUGAUGUUCGUGUUUCUGUUAUCAUUUUUGCUACUUCUGGAAAGAUGCAUGAGUUCUCUUCUACUUCGUUGGUUGAUAUUUUGGAUCAAUAUCACAAGCUUACUGGGAGAAGAUUGUGGGAUGCUAAGCAUGAGAACUUGGACAAUGAAAUCAACAGAGUCAAGAAAGACAAUGACAACAUGCAAAUAGAGCUCAGGCACCUAAAGGGUGAAGACAUAUCGUCAUUGAACUAUAGAGAGCUGAUGAUAUUGGAAGAUGGUCUUGAAAAUGGACUCACUAGUAUCCGUGACAAACAGAAUGAGUUUAUGAGGAUGAUGAGGAAAAAGACUCAAGGUAUGGAGGAGGAGCAAGAACAACUUAAUUGCCAACUGAGGCAACUGGAGAUAGCAAGCAUGAAUAGGAACAUGGGAGAAAUAGGGGAAGUGUUUGAGCAGACAAGGGGGAAUCAUGAAUACCAAAUGCCUUUUGCCUUUCGAGUGCAGCCAAUGCAGCCCAAUUUGCAGGAGAGGUUCUAAAUAAAUCAAAUUUCCAUCUACCUACUAGUAUUUGAUAUUGGUGGUAUUUUAAUUAUGUGUGCUUUCAAAACAAUUUGCAUGGUGUGUAAUUAAUACCCAUCUACGCACCUUAUGGUUUAUGUGACAUUAUAUAUAUAUAUAUAUAUAUAUAUAUAUAUAUAUAUUUAUCCAUCUAUAACCAUUAUAUUAUGCUUAUCUUUUAGGAAAAAAAUUAGAACAGUGUAGCUCUUUAAACUCUGUAUAUGUGUAAUGUGUGAUUUGUGCAUUAGACGCACAUCAUAAAUUAAAAAUCUGCCGCUCAUAAAAGCGUGGUAUUUAAGUAGUGA